AAAAGUUUUUCAUAUGUCGCCUUUAAAGAUAGGCAGGGGGGAACCUGUUUUUAUUCUAAAUCAAACCCUCCAGGUAUUUAUUCUUUUAUAUCACAUUAUACUGUUUACUUUUGACUUAAAGAGAGACAUUAUACAUAGAUACUGAUUAAAGCCAGAACUUUCUCUGUCCCACGCUGCACUCUGAGAACAUCCAGCUACCAAUAUGAGCAACUUCGGGGAGAUCCUGAAGGAGAUCGGGGAGUUUGGUUUGUUUCAGAAAUGUUUAGUGGCUGCAUUAUGCAUCCCCUCUAUUUUUACAGCUUUUGAUAUAUUUGGUCAGAUGUUUACAGGCAUCAACUUCCCACAUCACUGUAACACUGACUGGAUCUUGGAGCGUGGGCCAAACCUGACAGAUGAGAAACAAAGAAAUCUCACCCUCCCGGUGAACCAGGCUGGGAGGUAUGAAAGCUGUGAAAUGUUCACACCUGUGGAUUGGGAUUUGGAAACAAUUGAAGCGUAUAGGAUUAACACUACAACUGGAUGCAUAAACGGAUUAGAUUUUGAGGCACCCAAAGGUGCCUCCAGCAUUGUUACAGAGUUCAACCUGGUGUGUGACAGGAGCAGUUUGAUUCAGGCUUCACAGUCCAUCUACAUGUUCGGUCUUCUGAUUGGAGCGCUGGUGUUGGGGCCGAUGGCUGACAGGUUUGGUCGACGCUUUGUGGUCCUGCUGUCACUCCUUCUCCUGCUGUUGUUUAGUGUCGGUGCUGGUUUCUCACCCAACGUCUAUGUUUAUGUGCUUCUGAAAUUUUUAAGUGGCUUCUCCAUUUCAGGCCUUAUGGUUAAUCCAUUUGUUUUAGGUGGAGAGUGGACUGAUUCCUCCAAGUUUGCUUUCUGCGCCAUUAUCUGCCACACUUUCUGCCCUGUUGGACUGAUACUGUUGUCUGGCAUUGCUUAUUUGAUCCACAACUGGAGGAUCCUGCAGAUUGUGCUCUUCAGCCCUCUUGUCGUUGUCCUGGGAAUCUUUUACUGGAUUCUUCCAGAGUCAGCUCGCUGGCUCAUCACCCAGGGCAGGAAGGAGGAGGCCAUAAAAGAGAUCCGGAGGGCAGCCAAGGUGAACGGGAGGACGGUCCCGGAAGAUCUGCUAGAUAAUCUGGAGGCUGAGGGUACACCCAAAAGAGGAAGCAUGUUGGACAUCUUCAGGAUAUCGUAUCUGAGAAAACGUUCAUUGAUAAUGAGCUACGUGUGGUUUGGAACAAGUCUGGUGUACUAUGGACUGAGCCUGAAUGUUGACAAUUUUGGCUUGGAUAUCUACCUCACACAGUUUGUCUUUGGCGCAGUAGAAUUUCCUGCAUGUCUGGGAAGUUUGCCUCUUAUCCAGCAAUUUGGGAGGAAAAUAUGUCUAGCAGGGGUCCUGUUGUUUGGAGGCGCUGCUUGUCUUGGGAUACUUAUUAUUCCAAAAGACCUUCCUGUGGUGGUAACAGUCAUAGCUGUACUGGGAAAAUUUGCCGCCUCUGCCUCUUUCUCCAUAGUCAAUGUUUAUACUGCAGAACUAUACCCUACCACUCUAAGGCAGAAUGGUGUAGGUCUAAACUCCGUGUGUGCUCGUGUGGCGGGCAUCCUCGCUCCGCUGAUCAGACUUCUUGACGUCUACCAUUACACCAUCCCCAUGCUGAUAUAUGGCAUCGUACCUAUUGCUGCUGGAGGUCUCUGUUUGCUACUGCCUGAAACCCUCAAUGUUGAACUCGAGGACCACGCUGAACUCAUGUGA